AUGGCGCUGGUCGCUCUUACUGACGAGCUCUAUCUGGUGGGGCUCUCCCGGAAGCUGAGAGAUCCCAAACAGAGCAGAAAGGAAUCGGGCAUCUCGGAGCGUUCCGAGCGCCGCCUGUCGCCGUGCCGUGCCGACCGAGCCGCCACUAUUGUUACUAUCAAUGAUCCUAUUGAACUUCUGGAUCCUAGGACUGGCCCAGUUGGAAUUAUUAAUAUCGUGAAGGAAUCUGUGAAGAACAUUGUUCCAACUUGGCUCCAGCGAUACUUCAGACAAAGCGAAGAGGCAUCCCCAAACGAACAAAGGAGUCAGGAGGAGAAUGUGAACUUUCAUCCUGCCUUUGCUGCCGACAUCACUGACAAUACCCUGGAAAUUGAUGGACGAAUCACUCCUGAGCCAACAAGAAUUAAUUUAGACGGGCCCUCAACAAGUAGGUCUGGUUUAAACUUCACAGAUACUUUAACAAGACCAUCUCUCCAUCGGAGUCACCUUAACUGCACCAUCUUAGAUUCCCCGCCGCCACUUUGCCAACCCUCCACGUCAUCUACAUUUCCAAUUAGUAAUUCUGGACUUUCACUUGGAAAGGAAAUGAAAGAUUCUACCUCUCAGCACGAUGAUGACAACAUCUCAACUACGAGUGGCUUCUCUUCAAGAGCAUCUGAUAAAGAUAUACCUGUUUCAAAAUGUGCGUCUGCACCACCAGUCUGGUCCGCAGAGGCUGAGAGACCCAUCGCUCAGCACACCACAGCAACCAGCUUGAAAAAGCCCGGGUUCAACCUCUCUGCCUUUGGAGCCCUCUCCCCUUCACUGGGUAAUACGUCGGUUCUUAAGACGAGCCAGCUCGGGAAUUCUCCAUUUUAUCCUGGGAAAACCACGUAUGGAGGUGCGGCUGCAGCAGCCAGGCAAUCCAAAGCACGGAUUACUCCUUAUCAGACGCCAAUAAGAAGGCAAAUGAAAGCCAAGCAAGUGAACGCACAGUCCUAUGGAGUGACAAGUUCCACUGCACGACGUAUCCUGCAGUCUCUGGAGAAGAUGUCAAGCCCACUAGCAGAUGCUAAAAGAAUUCCUUCUUCUGUUUCUUCAUCAUUGUCUUCUCCUGCAGAAAGAAGUACACUGAAUGUCACUGACUUUCAUUCGCCAAGAAUAAGGGCUGAGUCCCAGUAUCCUCCAGUCCAGAAGCUUGUGACACCCAAAUCUAUUUCGCUGUCAAUGAGUCGGUCGCAAUAUUUUAAACCAUCUCUAACAUCUGCUGCUGAAUCAGGCAGGAUUCGACCGAGAAUAGAGAUGAACCAUGAAGGAGUGCGGGAGAAAAAUCCAGCAAAACAGCAAAGAGAACCAUCAGAAAGGACUGUCUCGAGCCCUAAAUUCAGUACUUCUACAUCCAAUGGAUUGCCUCCAGCGGCUGGAAGUGGCGGCGGCAAGAUGAGGCGGGAAAGAGGUGUCCACUACGUAUCAAAAUCUGCACGAGAGGAGGAGGAGAUGGAGGUGCCGGUACUACCAGAAAUAUCUUUGCCCAUCAGCACGUCCUCAUUGCCAAACUUCAGCUUUGGCCCUCUUUCCAGUACUACUGCUUCGACUUCACCUGUCAGCUCUGCACAAUCAGUACCUAAAAAGGUGCAACCAGCCAGUAAUGCCAGCAGUCCUAUCUUCAGAUUUUCAUCUCCAAUUGUAAAAUCCACUGAAGCAGAAGUGCUGCCUCCCGUGUCUAUUGGCGGCUUUAAAUUUAGCGUCCCUGUGGCAAAAUCAUCUGAGCCUUCAGGACCGAAGGAUACUCCAGUUAUGCCUCUAAUUAACGCAGGCUUUGCGUCUCCAUCCACUUACUCCUCAUCGGCUACUCCACCUGUCACAGCAAGCACAGUAGUUUAUACAAGGCCGGCCAUAAGUGGCUUUUCUGCAGCUGCUUCAGGACUUGGAGAUACUUCAAAACAAACGUCAGCAUAUUGGCAGUGUCAGGCAUGUCUGGUGGAAAACAAGGCGACGGACAGCAAAUGCAUAGCCUGUCAGACAGCAAAAGUGUCAGCCUCAGACGGUACUAAACACCCUGGUACUUUGACUCCGAAUAUCGCCGUCAAACCAGCUGUUUCUACAAUAGGGACGCAGGGCUUUGGAGAUAAGUUUAAGGCAGCAGCCGGAAGUUGGGACUGUGACACUUGUUUGGUUCAGAAUAAACCGGAAGCUACAAAAUGUGUGGCCUGUGAAACACCAAAACCUGGAACAGGAGUAAAGCCAGCUCUUGUCUUACCUGUGGCCACGGAAAAUACGACGACGGUGUCUUCCUCUUCUAGCUACAUGGAUACAUCAGUCACUUUGGGAUUUGGGGACAAAUUCAAGAAGCCAAAAGGUGCUUGGGAGUGUUCUGUGUGCUUAGUGACAAACAAGGCAGAGGACAGCAAAUGUGUAGCCUGUCAGUCUGACAAACCAGGAGGUUCGGUGCCUGUGGUGAGUAGCAGUGCUUCUGGUUUGCCUAGUCUUUCUGGCGGUUUUCUGGGCUUAGACAAAUUCAAGAAACCAGAAGGGAGUUGGGACUGUGAGACCUGCUUGGUACAGAACAAAGCAGACGCCACCAAGUGUGUGGCCUGUGAGAGUGCAAAGCCGGGCAGCAAGGCAGAGCUGAAAGGUCUUAGUACCGCUACUUCUGCUGCUGCUGCUUCCUCGGCCCCAUCUGCUCCUUUGUUUAAAUUUGGUAUUCAGUCGUCCUCUUCAGAAUCGCCCCAGGCACUGGGAAGCACAGGGAAAGACUUCAAGUUUGGAGGACAAACCGGAUUUAAGUUUGGCAUUACGUCAGAUCUGGGAGGCUCGAUGGACACUAUGACGGGAGGAUUCAAGAGCUCUAAAACGGAAGGCUCCACGCAGGGAAGCUUUCCAGCGGAGUCUAAAUCAGAGGACAGCUCAAAAGAGAGCAAGAGCAGCUUCAGCUUUGGACUUCCCUCUGGUGCUACCAGUACAUCCAGCACAGGGUUUCAGUUUGGCAUCGCUAACCUUGGGCAGCAAGAGAAGAAAGAAGGACUUAAGAAGCCCGCUCUCGGGGGUUUCGGUUUUGGCACAGCCGCUGCGGCUUCGUCAGAGAGUAAAACUGGAAUAAGUGGCUUCAAAUUUGGAAAUACGGAGGAGAAGGAAGGAGGCGUGACCCCCUUUUCCUUUAAGAGCCUGGAAGAGAAGAAAGAUGAGAUUCCCUCGGCGAAGGGUGGGUUUGCUUUUGGUAGCGCGGAAUCAGUGGCUGGCCCGCAGCUUGUUUUGGGAAGGACAGAUGACAAACAGGAGACGGCAGCCCCUUCAAAUCCAUUAGUGUUUGGAAAGAAAGCAGAGAAUGAAGAGGCAAAGGCACAGCCCGUCUUUGCGUUUGGGAAGGUGGAGCAAACCAAAGAUGACAGCACAGCAAAGCCUGCUUUUAGCUUCAACCUGGCAAAACCGGCAGAGAAAGAAACGGAGCAACCCGCAAAGACGGCUUUUGCAUUCGGUGCACAAGCCAACCCUGCAGAUCCAGGAUCAGCAAAGCCUGCGUUCAGUUUCUUGAACCCUAGUUCUUCUAACUCUGCCAUGCCAAGUGUCUCUGCCGGCAGCAGCAGAGUAUUCAGCAGCACUACAUCUGCCUCCAAUCCUCCUCCACCAACCUUUUUGUUCGGACAGGCCAGCAACACUGUGAGCAGCUCUGCUUUUGGUAAUCCCACUGACUCCAGUACAUCACAGUCCUUUGGGUUCUCGCAAGAGAGCAAGCCGCCAGCGACCACCUCCAGCACAAACACCCCCGUCCCAUUUCUCUUUGGAUCAGCAGCUGCCACUAACAGUACUGCUAACUCUGGCUUCAGUUUUGCCGCCGCCGCCACCUCCACCUCCACCACCACAGCAACUUCCGCAGGUUCCACCUCUUCAUUUGUGUUUGGUUCUGGGUCUUCAGCACCUGCCGCUGGUCCAGCCUUUGGUGCUAGUCAGACGCCAACGUUUGGUCAAAGCCAAGGCUCCAACCAGCCCCCUGCUCCAACGUUUGGGUCCCUUUCGUCAUCAACACCAUCGGCAUUAUUUUCCGCCGGCACUCAGUCUGGGCCACCAGCUUUUGGGUCUGUGUCAAGUACUACCCAGCCGCCAGUCUUUGGACAGCAAGCUGCCCAGCAACCUGGUUUUGGCUCUGGUACAGUUCCUAGUUCAGGUCCGGUGUUCCAGUUCGGAAAUAGUUCUGCCAAUUUCAACUUUGCAGGCAGCAGCCCAGGAGUAUUUACCUUUGGUGCACCAGCGCAGCCCGCAGGCUCUUCAGGAUUUUCAUUCACACAGCCUUCAGCUUUUAACCUGGGGAGUAACGGGAAAAAUAUUUUCUCGCCAUCUGGAUCUUCGCCAUCUACUACUCGGAAGAUUAAGACCGCUGUUAGACGUAGAAAAUAAAUAUUAACAGUUGUUACAGACAGCAACUCUGUUACCACGGCUGGUUGCCCUGCAUCGUUCAGUUAAUGAAUCGUACCUCGUGCUGGGUUUAGCUGAAGCCACGUCUGCCUAAACUCUGCUCGCUUUUUUUGCCAUCUCAAUUUAGGUUUUAAAAAAAACCAAAACACAAUUAGAAUUGGUGGCAGGGAGGACCUUGAGCAAAACUACUUAGAAUCCGGCAGUUUUUCUUCACUGACUUGGCAUGGUUUUGGCUAUAGAUGUAAAUAUAGCCUGCACAGCGAAUGGCUUCGUAUAAUACCUCUGUUUGCACCACUUCGUACGCUCAUCUGCGUUUACUGACACCUCGAGAAAUUGUAAUUAUAUCAGUGAGGGUAGUCUGUAUAGAGUAGAGAAUGUGGAUAAAUGAAUGAUUUCUAUGCGGAGUUUGUGCUGAUGUACGUGUGAAGUGAGCGAGUGGCGUGUAUCGUGCACUAAAAGUUUCUGAUAGAGGAAGAGUGCUUUAAAGGAUGGUCCCUGCUAAGGACUAGUUAGAUCUGUAGUACUUCAUUUAACAAUUAGAAGCUCUUUCUAUUUCCAUCCUGACAGCUCCUUAUCACCUGUCUUGCCUUUUUUCAUUAUUUUAUUAUGAGACAAGCGUGUAAAUACAAUUCUGUUUCUCUGUGUACUACUUUGGCAUAACAAAUCUGUGAACUUGAAAUUUUAAUUUUGUGUGU